CACUGGUUGAAUAUAUGGGCACGAUUGUAACUUCAUUCGAUCUAUAUUUACACGUGUAGUAAUUCGCUAGCAAUCAAUCAUUUGCGUUUUACAUAAUUUGCAUCAAAAUUGAAAACUGCCUGAUUCAUUGUGAUCUGGCAUGCAAUGCUCUAGAUUCUAGAAUACCUUGGGAUCACAUGUUGUUGAUGUAUUCAAACGAGUGCAUGCAAGGGCAACAUUACCACGUUCUUUACCCGAGUAGAGCUAUUUAAUCCAAUUUGAGAACACCUAUAGCCUAUUAAGGGUGGUGCAGCUUCUGCGUCAAUGCAUGUUACCAAUUAAUGAUUUCUAAUCCCAAGAAUGGGGAGGGUUACCGAGUGGUAUUUGUCCCUCACUGUACACCGUCGGAUGGGAUCGGAUGGGUUCAGUGCUAGUCAGUGCCAAUAUUAGACAUUCUCUGCCAAUAUCGUGCAAGUCGUUUCAGGAGUGAUUUGAGUCUUGCCAUGUGCAUAUUUUGUUUCUGAGAGAAAUGGCACGUGUUUUGAAAAGAGCCAAAACAUGGGAGAUAUCAGAAUCUGAGAACGAUAGCGACAUUGAAACACAACCCAAGUGUUUAGUCGCAUAUGUUCAAGAUGACAGUAAUAUAACAGCAUCUAGCUAUACCGUCGUCAAACAGAAAGACAAUGAUCAUAAUAAAGACGGCCAACAAUCUAGUUCAACAACCCAAGGUGAACCUAGACAAGAUGCUUUGGCGCCUCCUCUACCACCUGCACGGUCAAGCACCCCAAGUCCUGGAAGAAAACGUCGGAGCAGAGAGGAGAUGGAGGCUGAUAGAGAGAAGGCCGAGGAAAGGAAGAAAGCCAGAGAACAACUUCGGGUAUCCAAAACCAAAGAGAAAGAGCAGAAACGUUUGGAACAGCAAACGAGGAACGAUGCAGCGGAACGUCUGAAGAGCUACAGGCCAGUGAACUGUCUCAAGUGCCUGACUGUCUUCAUCGACCCAGCUCUUUUGCAGGAGGAGGGAUCAGACAUCUUGCUGGGGACCUUGUCUGCGUUUGAGUGGAGGUUCAGCGUCGUGUCUCAGAAGCUCCCUCAAAGCAUCACUUGGACCAGAGAUCUUCCCCAGUGUGAUGAAGCUGAUGGACCUGUGGAGGAGGAACAGACACUGCUGGUGUUGAGCCUCAGUGACUUCAUGGAGAUGGUGGUCUGUGUGAAACAGACUCUUCAGAGUGAUGGGGAGGAGUUGGAAAUGAAGUCAGUUCUCCGGCCUCUGCUUGAGUGUCUGAACUCUAACACCAAGAUGGUGGUCACUGUCUUGGUGCUGGGGUCCUGUCCAGGUAGCUGGUAAGUCUUGAUUUGACUAUGAUGAACACCAACUGUAUUUUUCAUAUAUUUUCAUAAUGCUCACUGUUAUUUUCCCAGGGGACAUGCAAUAAGACAAACACUACUAUCUCGGUUGGGGACGAAGGAUCUGAUUCUGGAUAUUGAAGAGGUGUUGGUGUACCUGCAGCUGUACAGGAACGUCUCCGUGGCGUUCUUAGACGGUUGGCAGGAAGUGACAGACCACGUGUGCUCGGUUACCAAGGCCUUGUCCAAACGACCCUUCAAACGGCUGACCGAGCGAGUGGAGCUGCCGUUCUGUGUGGACGGGUCAUGGGCCAGCGGGGCGCGUGUGGAGAGGGACGGGUCUGGGCUGGGCCAGGUGUGGAGCAGACAGAUCCAGCAGCUGAACCGGGUCAGCCCAGCGGUGGCCUCUGCUCUGGUCGCGGCGUACCCUUCACCCUGGCUGCUGCUGCAGGCCUACGAGGGUGUUGCGACUGAGGAGGAAAGGAGGGGGCUGCUGGCCGGGAUCCUGGUGAAGAGUGGGGGGAAGGAGAGACGAAUCGGGCCGGAGAUCUCAACCAGGGUCUACCGCUCCCUCACUGCACAGAACCCUCAGCUGGUCCUAGACUGAAACAGACACUGAGCCGUUUGAACAAACUCGUUUGGACUAAUACAAGCCCAGUUGGGUCUUGUUUGGAUCAUAUGGGACUGAUAUAGAGCAGACCAGAUGGACUAGGACUAAUCUGAACUGAGAUUACCUCUCUGACUCAGGCAUCUCUAGAUGAACCUCAGUGUCAACCUCAAAUGCACUUCACUGCUUAGAUGUUCAUUUGUACAGGCAGUUUGCACACACACUAAAGGAAUGUUAUGUUUGUUAAUACACAUUUUGUAAAUGCCUGUUCUUCUGUUUACAAUAUUCAAUGAAAACACGUUAACCUUCACUACAAGUACAUAUAGCAAGAUUAUAUAUUUUUAUUUUAGAAUUGCUUCAGUAAGAAAGGCUGUACACAUGGUAUGAAAAUCAACCGACACGAGCAUCAGAUUAUUUAAAAAAGACAAACAAACCCCUACGGCACACCACCACUGCAUUUAUACUGAUGCACAGUAUAAAAUACACUUCAAGAAUGUCCAAACAGUAUGAACAAAUCAUUUUCCCCAUUCCCCAUUGUGUAUCACAAAGUAACUGCCUGGCUACCUAAUUUGUUUAUGCAUUGGCCCUAUGAAUAAACCAAUAACUUUCUCGUCAA